AUGACGGUUGAAUUAGAGGAACCUCCUUUGGUUGACAAUAGUCAAGUCUAUAAAGAUUUAAUCGGUGGAACUAUUGGUGGAAUCGCUCAGGUCAUAGUUGGUCAGCCGUUCGAUACCGUUAAAGUUCGUGUUCAGUCAGCUCCAGAAGGGACUUACUCAGGAGCCUUAGAUGUCAUCAAGAAGCUUAUGGCCAACGAAGGCCCAAAGGGGUUCUACAAGGGAACUCUCACUCCCUUAGUGGGUGUUGGAGCCUGUGUUUCUGUACAAUUUUCAGUAAAUGAAUAUAUGAAACGUUACUACGAUGAGAAGCUUGGUGGGAAGACUUUGUCAUUGGGGCAAUUUUUCAACUGUGGUGCUACUGCUGGUUUUGCUAACGGAUUUCUUGCUGCUCCUAUCGAACAUAUCCGUAUUCGUUUACAAACUCAAACCGGAUCAACCAAGGCUUUCAAUGGUCCAGUAGAUUGCUUCAAGAAAAUCUACCAAUCAAAUGGAAUCGCUCAGGGAAUUUACAAAGGUUUAGCUCCAACUUUAGUUAGAGAAUCGGUUGGUUUAGGUAUAUACUUCGCCACAUAUGAAGCAUUGAUCAAUAGAGAAUUGAAGCAAUUCUCUUCUUUGACUAGAAGUGAUAUCCCAGCUUGGAAAUUAUGUUUAUUCGGUGGGUUAUCUGGUUACACGCUUUGGAUAGGUAUCUACCCUGUUGAUGUUAUCAAAUCCAAAUUGCAAACGGACUCUUUAACGUCACCUAAGUAUCGUGGGACUGUGGAUGUGUUAAGAGAUGUUUUUGCUAAGCAAGGAAUAAAGGGAUUCUAUAGAGGUUUUGUCCCAACCAUUUUAAGGGCUGCGCCUGCUAACGGUGCAACAUUUGCUGCUUUUGAAGUUACAAUGAGACUCAUCAAUUGA